AUGACCGCACUUUGCCAGAAGAUUUGGGAACAAAAGGAAAGAUCGAAGAAAUGGACACAAUCCCUCAUCAUCUCACUACCCAAGAAGGGUAACCUGCGCUUGUGCCAAUACUACCGCACCAUAAGUCUCAUCAGCCACCCCAGCAAGGUCAUGUUACGUAUCAUAUCCUCAGCAGACUCAAACCCAAAAGUCGAGGAGAUACCAUCAGAGGAACAGGCCGGCUUCAAGAGUGGAAGAAGCACAACCAAACAAAUCUUCAACAUCAGAUUGUUAGUUGAAAAAUACCUGGACCACCAGAAGGAACUACAUCACAACGUCAUUGAUUUCACUAAGAAGGGUUUUGACAGCGUGUGGCAUGAGGGCCUUUGGAAGGUCAUGAGGGAUUACAACAUCGAUAAACCCCUGGUCAGAAUAAUCAAAGAACUGUACAACCAACUCGGCGACUUCUUCAGAACGGCAGUCCGAGUUGGUGAUGUUGGUUCAUUUUGA